CGAAGGCGCGGGCGAAAAGCUAGUUUAACAUAAUUAUACAACGUGGAAAUAGUCAAUUUUAUAGGCUUCUAACAAUGUGAUUCUACUGUUUACGAUUUCUACUGUACUUAAAAACGUACUCUUCUUUAAAUUUCUCCAAAUUAUGCCUAAUUAGCUAGGAGACAGUUAAUUUGGUUUAGCGCCGGCCUUAAAUUGAUUCGAGGAGGUUUUCACUUUCAUAACUGUUACCUCUUGAUGCAGCAAGCGGGUCAACCAUGUUUGUUUAUACUUCGUUUGGAUAAUAAAAAUUAUGUUCGAAUUAUACAUACUUUAUCACAGUAUACAAUUAUUGACAUCGGUUCCAGAAAAUUUAUGAAGUAUAGUGACAUAAUAAAUAUCUCAGGAAACAAAAUACACAGUCGGCGAUUCCUGCAGCCUCGCUAUAUCAUUAAGCCUGCGAGUGAUGCAGUAAUAACCCCUCUGUUUGAAGUGUGCUCUAUAUUUAGCUUACACAACUUAUGGUUUCGUUCACCUCGCAUUGAAUAUAGACGAGUUUCAUAUGCAAGUGCACCGUCCACGUACUGCCACACAACUCACAACCGCUUCAACACUGACCAUGUGCAAAAACAUAUAUAAAACUUCCUCCGUCCUAUCUGUAAAAUAUAUGAGACCGUAGUUACAUGAGAUAUUAGUUACAGAUAUUUUACGAGUAAUCGGCAAGAGAGCAAUUAAAAAUUCCCAAGCUCAAGCGCACAGAGCUUUCAUCAAAACGGUAACAUUAAUCCAUGAAUAACACGUGUGUCGGCAAUUACCGAGACUUUGUAGCGGGGCGACGGCGACGGCAACAAUGCUUCUUGGAGGGCAAGCGGCGAGCGGCGGCGCCGGCGCAGCCCGCUCUCAGUGCGGCCGGCACGUCCGCGCAGACAUGCUGUGCCCCGCGCGUUGCUCGUGCUUCCUCUGCCGCGAGCUGCAGUCCUGUCGCGCCGCGGACGCCCGCAAGCCCAACAGCAAACACAACAUGUGCGACAAUUUCAUACUCAAGAAAGCAGAGGCAUGGGAGCCUAUGAAGUUUAUACGAGGCGCCGCGCGCAUGUCCGUCAGACACUGGCAGAGCAGGGAGCCGCUCACCUCAAAUAAGACUAGGGUUGCGACUCACAAGUCUACUAGUUGCGAGCAACUGUACCCGCAUCCCUCCGAGGACGAGUCGGGACCGUUCGGAAUGCGGCGCGCGCCCAGCACCGACCGCGUCAAACCGCAGUCGGACCACAAGCCCUUGUUUAAUAAGCUCCUGGGGAAUUCCCGGAGUAAGAAAAUUAACAACAGUGAUGCUUCAGAUUCUAAAGUACGUCGAAGUGUCCUUAAUUUUAGAAAGAGUGAAGCUUCAACAGCUAAAAAUGUUCACGAAAAGUACAUUCCUUUGCCACAGGUGUCAUCGCCCACGGAACACAUAUAUAGUGAACCUCGACCCUCCAUAAGGAACACGUCCUCACAGUUUGACGAGUGUUGUCGACCUCCUGUAUAUCAGAGUGUGGAAAAGCGGAAGGAAGAACUGAACAAGUGUUCUGUUGACAAAAAGAUUUACAGCAACCGGCUUCCGUGUUAUGAAGAACUAGCGCAAAGGCUUUCUCAAGAAAAGAACAAAAAGGCAAAUCUACCGCUUACGGAAGGUGGAUUAGCUAAUAAGAUAACACAAAAUAACAAUAAAGUAGUUAUUUAUUUUGGAGAUUCCAUAAUACGAAAACAUAAUGAACAAAAGAAAGAGGAAUGCAGGCUCAAGGAGGAGCCCGCUAAAGAGGAAGUGAUCUAUGCAAACAGACUUCUAGAGGAAACUGAAAACCUGGGAUUGAGCAGAGAAGUGGAUAAGGGUGGAGGCACACACAUGGUGUCGGAAGUGCAAGUGCCUGAAGCUAUUUAUUCUGAGAUUAACCCUGACAGUAGAGAUGCGUUAGACAUUGUGACGAUUAACGAUGCUACGUAUAAGAAGGAUGUCUUUGGUACGAUGAGUUCUGACGGGUUUCUUGUGGUGGAGUUCGAAGGGAACUUCGAGAGGGCUCGACAGCUGGUGGAGCUGGUGCACGGCGGCACCGACCACCACGAGGCCACGGUGCUGGAUGAGGAUGAGCACUGCGACUGGAGCUUCAUCCAAGACUGGAGGAAGCGGCCUUCGAGUGGGUGUCGUCCGUCAGAAGAGGGGGCGUGGUGCGGCGGCGUGUCGGGCGCGCGGGCGCUGCGCGUGCGCGUGAGCGGCGCGGCGGCGGCGCCCGCGCCCGCGCAUGCGCGCCGCCUGUCGCCGCCGCCGCACGCGCACCGCGCCACCACCCCGCCGAGACCCACCUCACCUAAUAAUAAACCAAACCAUGAAGAGGCUCCACCGCCGUCUACUGAGGGCCCCAGCUCGGCUCAGCUGAAAGCUGUGAGCGCUGUGUCCCAGCUGACGGUGGCUAGCGCGCCCGUGCGCAGUGCGCCGGCGCAGAACAGCUAUGCCCUCGAGAGGCGCCCGCCGAAGCAUGAUCAUCACCACCGACCCGUCGAGACUGCGCCGCCAGUACAGAAUGGCGUCCGCGAGUGUAACAGCAGUUCGGACGAGAACAGGUCGUCCGGGCACGCGUCCAUGUCGGACAGCGGCGGCGCUGGCGAGCCGGGCCGCGAGGAGCCGCGCCGAGCCCGCCAGCCGCCGCACACCAGAACCAAACACAGACCUCAUAAUAAGUUACAGUCCCCAUGGCCUGGUGGCGGAGGACUGGAAGACAUCAGAUCAGCCAUCAAACAGCUGACACUCCGCUCCAGGGACAGUAGCAGCACUGCCACCAGUGGAGCAUCCAGCGCUGGAGGAGGGAGUAAUAACGGAGCACCAGAAAGUGGCAGCGCUGCAGAGGCCCGCAGAAGACGAGCUCCGUUGGUGCGACAACCUUCACUGGAUACAGUUUGCACCAACGUUACAAGUGCUGAUGAAUUCGUGUGGGUUGACUCACAUAAUAGACUAGUGGAACUUCGCUGUGUACCGUGGACAGCAAGCGAGGUCAGCCGCGCCUUGCAAGCUGGAAGAUGCAGAGAUAUUGCUCCAAGAAUGGCGCCCGAUACACCGUCAAGACUCGCCUACUUAUUGCAAAGGGCCUUAGUAAGGAUAUCCCGCGAGGCUCAACGCCUCUCCCAGAACUUCGGUUUCUGCUCGAAACAUGAAGUGGCUGGUGCGUUCAGAAUCGUACUCAGCACGCCGCUAGCUGAUGCCUGUAUUAAGGGUUGCCAGCGUGCAGCAACAAUGUACGCGACAUCAGGUAGUGCGGCGAGGCGCCUGGGCUCGGCGGCCCGAGCUCGAACCAGUCUCGCUCCAGGACGCUUCCAGCGAUGGAUGCUGGAUGUCCGUGUUGCGUCGUUUGUGCAUGAAUACGCAGCUAUCUACCUCUGUGCCGGCAUGGAGACUCUACUGGAGGAGAUUGCUCUAAUAGCUGGCAGCAGCGCCGCCAGCGCCCCCAUCACGCCGGCAGUCGUCGAUCAUGCUGUUGCCAACUGCGCAGAUCUUUGGGGACUGCUCCAGCCUUACAGCCAUUUGAACGCUGGAAGAGUUGCCUCAGGAGCCUUGUCACUAUCCCGGUGGGAAUCAAUGAGCUCUCUGGGAUCAGGAUCGUCAUCGGGAGUGUCUCGCCCUGAACAUCGUCAACUGGGACUUAGUCAUGAUUCUGGUAUCACUACGAACGGUUCCGGCGGAUCUGGCACUUCAGCUGGAUCUAAUAACAGUUCUGGUGGAUCGUCAGCGUCCGUUCUACUGACGACGUGUGCAGGCUCCGCGUCGGAGCUCCGAGCUGUGCUGCGAAGAGUACAUCCACGACUGUCGCCACUAUCCCCGUCCGCUGAACGAGCGUUGUAUUACUUUAUGCGAUGUUCUCAGUUGGAGCAUUCGAGUACCAGUGGUGGCAGUUGUGGCGGCGCGGGGCUGUGGGGCGAGCGCGGCGCGGGCGCCCUGCCGCCGCUGGGCGAGUGGGUGCGCGUCAUACGUGCGCACGCCACGCUGCGCCCGCCGCCGGCUGUGCCCGAUGCUGAUGAUGUCAUGCAAGCCGCCAGGCUGCUACUACCGCAUGCCGACUGCCCACCCAGACCUAUCACAGCAGAGGAAGCUAUAGAACCAGUUUGGUCCCGUUGCGCGCGCACAGCUGAUGAGCUAAGUAGAGCAGCUGUGGGGGUCGCACAGCGGGCCCUGCUGAGCGGGAGACCAGAGCUGGUGGGGGGCGUGCGUUCGCUCAUGCCACCAGCUGGGGUCGACGCUCCAGAUGCCUCAGGACUUACGGCGCUCAUGAAAGCAGCUCUAGUUGGUGACGAACAGAUUGUUGCUCUCCUGCUAGAAGCUGGUGCCGAUCCUAACAUCGAGACCGGCGGCGCCUGUGCAGCACACUGUGCAAUGCCAUUAUCCCCACGAUCGCCAUCUACCCAACAGAGUACUCCUAGCUACACGCCACCCACUGCAGGUUGGACGGCGCUGGUGUACGCGUGCAGCGGCGCGGGCGGCGGCGCGGGCUCCGCGGGCGCCGUGGAGUGCGCGCGCCGCCUGCUGGCCGCCGGAGCGCGCGUGGACGGGGCGCCCGCGCGCGGGGAUGAUGUCUGCACGCUCACACCACUACAAGUGGCGUGCGGCGUUGGUAACCUAGAGCUGGUGCAGUUGCUGUUGUCACAUGGUGCGGACCCGUUCCUCUCUACACAGCUUAACGAUGCGCUGUGCUAUUCCGUUGCGGCACAAUAUGGUUGCUACAGCGCGGUGGCAGUGUGCUGCACGCACGGGCGCCGCGCUUGCCUGCGCGCCGCGGUGCGGGGCGGCGCGCGCGGCGGCGGCGCGGGCGCCGUGCUGUCGCUGGAGGAGGUCCUGGCGGAGGGCGCCGCCGCGCCGCCCGCGCGGAACCCCGCCUUCACCAAGCAGCAGCAGCGCGCGCUGCACGACGCCAUGUACUGUGCCGCCGAGACUGACCACUUAGAUAUAACUUUAGAAUUGCACGCACUUGGUGUGCCAUGGUCCCUGCACGCGUGGACACUGUCUCUUGCUGCCGCCGCUGAUGCAGCAUUAGACAAUGUUAUUGACCAACUUUUACAAGACUUCUUACAGGUGUGUCCAUCUGAUGACAGCCACUACAGUAAACAGUUCAUUUACGAGUGCCUCCCCCUGCUGUUCAAUAUUCUACGGUACAGCAAGAAGGAGGGCACAGUGCUACUGCUGGCUGACAUCCUGUGCGCGUGCUACGGGCGCGAGCCGGUGCCGGCCGUGGCGCAGCCGCCUCCCCCCGCCGCCCCGCCGCCAGCCAGGGUUGAUCCUUCGUAUGUAAAUAACCCCUCACUCGCUGACGUUACGUUUAGAGUCGAAGGUCGAUUGUUCUACGGCCACAAAAUAGUUCUUGUGUCGGAAUCAGCACGACUGCGGGCUAUGUUAGCUCCGCCAAGAUCAUCGAAUGAAGCUUUACCGCCUCCGAAUACAGCUCCUCCAUUGGUGCAAAUCAACGACAUCCGGUACCACAUAUUUGAGCAAGUCAUGAAGUAUCUAUACUCUGGAGGGUGCACGGGUCUGGACAUCCCUGAGACAGACGUGCUGGAGGUACUCGCCGCAGCCUCCUUCUUCCAGCUGCUGCCGUUGCAGCGACACUGCGAGGCCAGAGCGGCCAAGUCUGUUGACCUUCACAACCUCGUCUCUGUCUAUAUUCAUGCUAAGGUUUAUGGUGCUACACAGCUGUUGGAAUACUGCCAAGGAUUUCUACUUCAAAAUAUGGUAGCUCUUCUCACGUACGACGACUCGGUUAAGCGUUUGCUCUUUGGAAAGCGGCUCCCUGGUCAUAACGUACUUGGUGCUCUUUUGAUUACAUUACAAAAAAGAAUUGAAGCCAGGAAAAACCAAGCUAAAAGUAGAUAACACUGACGAUCUAUAAAAUGUUUAAUAAAAACUCAAAUCCCAAAACCCGUUUUUCAAAGAUUUGUUUUUUAUUUGUGUUUGAGAGAAAACGAGUUGCUCUGUUUAUAUUACUGAUUAAUAGAAAAUAAAAUAUUUUUCCAAAUAUUUUUAUAAGGCUUUAAUUUUGUCAUGCUGAAAAUACCUUUACGUAACGAAGUUUGAUAAUAAUUUUAUAUAAUAUUUUUAAGUACUAAAUUAACUCUUAUGUAGAUAAGUAAAUAUAGCAACAAGUACAAUUGAGAUAUUAAAAUAUAUUUUAAUAAAAAUGUAUUUCAUCUUCUUUUUGAAAUUCUGACAAUAAUUCUCAUAAAAUAGUUUUAUAACAGGAAAGUAUUAUAUCUUUGUAAUAAUUGUAAUGUAAUUAUUGUUGAAAUAAAGCUUUGUGUUGUAAAA